GUCUGCUCUAAAUUUAGAUCUUGGCCAGAGUUGCUCUUCAUGUGGGAAAACCAAUGACAAACACCACCGGGAUAAUGAGUUUUUGAGCAAAGGGAAUAAAGCACUUCUUUCAGCACCUGGUCCACAUUUUGGGAUUAUUAAGGGGCUUCCAUGCUGGUGGACCACUGGAGAAGCAAUCUGUGUGCAACCAGAAACAGAGAGAGAGUGAGAGAGAGACUGAACUGGAAUGGAAAUGUUGAAAGGAGCAAUAGAAACUGGACUGAGGUGGUAAUGAAAGUGUGUGUGUGUACAGGGUCAUCAUGACCGGGGUGACGGUGUGUUUUGGGACGGUGAACUCCGUCAAGGCUCUGUGGGAGACGAGGAUAAAGAAGAGUAAAGAUGACCUGAAGAGAGAGAAGGAGCAGAGAGACAGAGUGACAGUGGGACGGCUGACCGGGGCUUGGGAGGACAGGAUCACCUUGGCCAAGUUAAAGGAGAGACUGGUGACCGAGGAUGGAAGGGUCAUCCUACGCAUCCAGAAUGAAGAGUGGAAGACUCUUCCACCAGCACUGGUCCAGCUCACCCACAUUCAGGAGUGGCAGCUGCACCGGACGGGCCUUCACAAGAUCCCCAGCUUCAUCUCCAGCUUCCAGAGCCUCAUCGUUCUGGAUCUGUCCCGCAAUGCAAUCAGACAAAUCCCUAAGGAAAUUGGUAAACUCACUCGGUUGCGAGAGCUGCUCGUGAGUUAUAACAGGCUGAGCUGUGUACCAGAGGAGCUGAGCACCUGUGAGAGUCUGGAGAAGCUGGAACUGGCAAAGAACUCAGAUCUGGAUGAGCUGCCCGAACAGCUCAGCAAUCUGAAGAAACUCUACCACCUGGAUCUAUCCCUGAACCAGUUCUCCACAAUCCCAGAGUGUGUGGUGAAUCUUCCUGCUCUGGAGUGGUUGGACAUGGGUGGGAACAGGCUGGAGAGGUUGCCAGAUGACAUACACAGAAUGGAAAAGUUGCACACGCUGUGGCUACAGAGAAACGAGCUGGAGUAUCUGCCUGACAACAUCAGCCGCAUGCCCAAUCUGGACACACUGGUGCUCAGCAAGAACAAGCUCAGAGACAUCCCUCCUCUGAUGGAGGGCAUGACCAACCUCAGGUUUGUAAAUUUCCGAGACAAUCCGCUGACAUAUCACGUGACCCUGCCGGACGUGAAAGAGGACGUGGAGGAGGAAGAAGAUGACAGGGAAAUGUUUGGCCGAGAGUUCAUGAAUUACUACAUCCAUGAGGCUCGCAAAAGAGAUUCCCAGACUUAUACCUCUGUGCUGAAUGUGGCACUGGAAGGUGUGGUAGAGAUUGCUGCUCCAUAGCUGUGAUGUCCUGCAUGCCACUGUCUGCUCUGCUGUCUUCCGUCCAAAGAGGCCAGACCUGUCCUGUCUGGUCCUGUCCUGUCACGUCCAGUCCUGUCUUGCUUGUUCUGCUCAUCCUGUAAAGACUGUUCUGCAUUCUACCUUUGCAGUCACAACACUAGAGGGCGCCAUAGCCUUACAGCUAUCUGUGUCUUGUUUAUGGCAAAGAAGAAACUUAAGAUAGAAAAGUGAAAGUGGAGGAAAUCAAAACCUCAUCUGAUUGCUUGUCAAAAGACCCAAUUAGAAUUAAACAAUUAAAAAGUGCUGUAUGUACAGCACUGUCCAUGUCCAGUUUUAGGGUUAAUGUUUUUAGAUAGGAACAGCAGUCAGAAGAACAUUCUCCAAAGACACGUCUCGGCUGGUGUAAUAACUAAGAUUGGACUUAAACCCUCGCUGCUGGAGGUAAUGCAGCCUGCCCUGGUCAAUCAGCGUCUUGCAGAGGCGUCCAAUCUGCUCCCGCUCUUCUGCUGAUACAGCGCUAAAGGGAACACAGAUAAAGAGGUCAAAACACGUCGAAAAGACAAAGGCCUCUUUUCCAUUGCAUGGCCAAAUUGUAAAUACACUGGCUAUGAGCCUCUUCCUACAUUGCUACUACAGUAAUACACCGGCUGUUAAUCUCAUCCCACAUCACUAAUGGGACAAAGCCCAUAGCUAGUGCACUAACACUGUGGAAGCGAUGCUAAUGCUACACUAACACUGUGUAACACUGUGCACUAACACUGUGGAAGCAUUAGCAUCGCUUCCACAGUGUUAGUGCACUAGCUACGGGCCUUGUCCCAUAUCCCCAACAGCCCGUCCCACAUCUAUACCACAAAGUUAGCGCAACAGCUAUAGGCCUCGACCCACAUCUUUACUUCAGGUGUUAGCAAGCUAGCUAUUGGCCUUGACACGGUUACUACCAUGGGCAUGAGCAUGGACUUGACUACCCAGGGCCCGAGUAGGGAGAGGAGCCGCUGAAAAUCUGAUUUUUUCCACUCACGUUUCUUGUGUACUGGCAUGGAUGGAGGCCAACUGACAUUGAGAGUGUAUAGAGCCCAGAAUUUGCCCCUGGUUACUACUAGAGAUGCAUAAUGAUAACAGAUAAUAUCAGUAUCAGUAUCGGCCGAUAUGGACAAUAUUUCAAACUGUUAUUUGCUUUUUAUUUAUUUAUUUAUUGUAUUCCAAAACAAACAAAAAAAAACAAGCAAUGUUGGCCUCAUCCAACAGCUAGGGGCCUUGUCCAACAGGCUGACCAUCCACUAUCACUAUUGCAGAAUUUGCAUAACCAGUUACUGGCAUCAUCCCACAUUGCUACAAUGGCAUUAGCACAUCGGCUGCGAGCCCCAUUCCACAUUGCUAACAAUGUAUUAGCAUGCUGGCUAUGGGCCUUGUCCCAUAAUGCUAUCAUGACAUUAGUACACUAGCUACAUGCCUUGUCUCAAAUGCUUACCAACCUGUACCACAUUUAUAACGCAAUGUUAGCUCGCCAGCUGUGGGCCUCGACCCAUAUGAUUACCUCAGGUGUUACCAUGCUGGCUAUCGGCCUUAUAUAACAUUGUCACUACGGCAUUAAUAUACUGCCUAUUGCUCUCAACCAAAAUUGUUACCGCAACGUUAGAACACUGGCUACGAGAUACAGGCCUUAUCUCACAUCAAUACCCCAGUAUCAACAAGAAAACUAGGGGAUUCUUCCACUAUCGUUAUUGCAGCAUUAGCAUAACCAGCUACUGGCAUUGUCCCAUAAUGCUACAACAGUGUUCUUCCAGCAUUGCUACCAUUGUGUUAGCACAUUGGCAAUGGGCCUUGUCACACAUUUCUACCAUGGUGUAAGCAUGCAAUCCUAUGGGUCUCGUUUCAUGUUAAGCGUCCCAUGUUGAGCCAUGUCCUUCUAGAGAAGUUACCCUCAGAGCCAUUCAGCCCUGCAGUGGAAAAGCAGCCAAUAUAUACUUAAGGAACUGCUGAAUUCUCACCUGUUAAGGUUAUCUGGUAUGGUUUCAGAACUGCCUUCAUGUUCUGCCUCAUCCUCCUCCUCUUCCACAUCUUCUUCUUUUUGUUGUUUUUCAUCUGUCCUCCUGACUUCUUCUUGCUUCAAAUUCUUGUGACCUUGGCCUACCCUACUCAUGCCACAGGUAGCCCAGCUGGACAUGCGCUGGAAGGCGUCAAACUCUCGAACUCCAAGACCUCGUUCCCUAAAGAACUGUUUUCCCACAUAGUGCCUCCAGUCACAGCGGUGAUGACAGCAGAGGGCAAUGGCAACCCCCGAGACUUUAAGUUCUUCUCCAGGUUUGGUGUCCUCCUCAGAUCCCUCAUUGAGCUUCACACGUUUGGUGGGUGGAUCACAGUCUUGGUCUUUGAGAUUGUGCUCAAAUAAACAUCUCAGAGUCAGAUCUGUGAAGAUGAACACAAAGAGACAUGAAGAAUGCAUGUAAGAACAAGGAAAGUGAGCAAAAUGGAAGGCAUUCAAAUCCGUAUCUGUUUCAGGUCACGUUCCAAUAACUUACCUGUCGCUGCGCCACACAGGUGUUUACCCACUGCGAUGACAGGAAGUCCCUUUUCUCUUAAAAAUGGCACUUUUCCUACAAUGGAUUUUCGGAAAGAAAAACAUUAUCACGUGUAUGUUUAUCACACAUUUGAUUUUUUCUGUCUUUGGAAUCUCCAUAAAUUUAACUCUUAUAAAUAAACCUCAUCAUCAACUUUUAA